GCUCGGGUAAACAAAUGAGUAACCCGGAUAAGAGCCUGGCCCCGCUAAAUAUAGCCGGGACGGCACGGUCGGGGUGUCUCAGCGCCAGCCCCUUCUCGCAGCCGAGCGGGGACAGAGCAAGGUGGGAUUGGAGCCAGCACCGGCGGGGGACACACACCAUGGAGCCAAGCCAGGAGCAUGCCUGAAGCUGCCGGAAGGAGUGGGAUGGGCUGGGGGGAUAUGGAGUCCCCCAACGGCAGCGCAGCCGGCCAGUCGGACACGUGUUUUGGGGUGUUCAACGCCAGCGACAGCCGCACCAAUGCACAGACCAGCAUCACCUCGCCCUGGUUCUCCACUGCCUUCGGCCUCAUCGGCCUCUGCUCCAACCUCUUCGCCCUCUGCGUCCUGCUCAGCUCCUCCCGCAAGCUGUCCAGCCAGGCCCGCUCCUCCUUCCUUGUCUUCCUCUGCGGGCUGGUGGUCACAGACUUCAUGGGGCUGCUGGUGACGGCCUCGGUCAUCAUCCCCUACCACUUCAUCAAGUUCGCCUGGGCGGAGGUGGACCCCGGCUGCCACCUCUGCAACUUCCUCGGCUUCUCCAUGGUCUUCUUCGGGCAGUGCCCGCUGCUGCUGGGGGCCACCAUGGCCGGCGAGAGGUUUUUUGGCAUCAAUCACCCCUUCUCCCGCUCCACCAGCAUCUCCAAGCGCCGUGCCUGGUCCAUCGUGGGACUGGUGUGGGGCUUCUCGUGCCUGCUGGGGCUGCUGCCGGUGCUGGGGCUGGGGCGGUACACGUUGCAGUACCCCGGCUCCUGGUGCUUCCUCACCCUCCUGCCCGACACCGGCAAUGUCAUCUUCUGCCUGCUCUUCGCCCUGCUGGGCAUCUUCUCCGUGCUGCUCUCCUUCAUCUUCAACACAGUCAGCGUGGUGACGCUCUGCCGUGUCUACCAUGACCGGGAGUCGGUGCAGCGGCGUCGAGACAGCGAGGUGGAGAUGAUGGUGCAGCUCGUGGGCAUCAUGAUCAUUGCCACCAUCUGCUGGAUGCCCCUCCUGAUCUUCAUCAUCCAGACCGUCCUGCAGCAGCUGCCAGCCAGCGGCCGGAUCCAGAUGCUGCCUACAGAGACGCAGAAGAUGCUGCUCAUCUACAUCCGUAUGGUCACCUGGAACCAGAUCCUGGACCCCUGGGUCUACAUCCUCUUCCGACGGGCCGUGCUGCAGCGCAUCUACCCCAGCCUGCGCCCCCGGCCCUCCAUCAUCUCCCUCUAUCCCAUGCUCAACCCCUCCCUGCGCCGCAAGCUCACCACUGACUCUGUCCUGCAGUAGCAGCCCCCGGGGACAUGCACCGAGGGAGGGGGACAAGCCAUCCCCCAAUUCCACCCACCCCCCCAGGUUAAUUAAUUGUCCCCAUCACCUGCAUCCAUGGACUCUCCCCACCUCCCCUGAGGCCACUACCCUUGGCAGGGGGCACGGGGCUGCUCCCCCCCUCCCCGUCCCCAUC